AUGCAAUCCAAAAAUAAACUUUAUCAGUACUUUAAUGAGGGGACUGAUAUGCAUCUCAAAGAUGUAAAAGGAACCAAUAAAGAAUCAAAAAAAUUAAGAAAAAGUGGUGGGGUUGGAUAUGGCGGAGAAGCAAUUUUUGAUGAUUUCAUUAUACAAACUAGAAAGGAAAGGGAUUUGGUAUUGAUUGUUGAUGAAGCUCAUAUUGAAACGGAUACUAAACUCGCUAACGAAGUCGUCGACCUAUUUGAUCCGCGAAUUGUUAUCAAAAUAACCGCAACUCCUAAAACUUUACCAGAUAUUAGUGAUGUCAGACAAAAAAGGGCUGGAUUUGUGGAAGUUUCAGAAAAAGAUGUAAUAGAAAGCGGAUUAAUCAAAGAAAAAAUUGUUAUCCAAACUAAGGAAGAGAUUGAAAAAUUAUCUGAAAAAAGGCAACUUUCGGAAGAUGAAAUAAUGCUCGAGUUGGCUUAUAAUAAGAGGCUGGAACUUAAAAAAAUUUAUGAGAGUUUAGGGCUUGACAUAAACCCAUUGGUUUUAAUUCAACUUCCGAGUGAUUUUAAGGAAAAGGAGGAGAUAGAAACUAAUCGAAAGGAUUUUGUCUUGUCAUAUUUAAAAGCCAAAGAUGUAAAAGAAAAGGAAAUUGCUAUUUGGUUAUCGAAUGAAAAGAAAAAUUUGGACAUGAUUGAAAAAAACAAUAAUGAGAGAAUGCCCGAAGGUCACCAUUACGAAAAAGAAGAACUAAAUAAGGCCUAUAUUUUUACUAAUUACGACAAGAAUCAUAUUAGUGAUAUUAGCGAACUAGAAAAUAAGAAUAAAAUUCCUGUUUAUUUUACUGAACUGAAAAAAGAUGUUAAAAAGAUUUGCUUGGAAACAACCUAUCACCACCGAACCGAUUUUGACAUUCUUAUUCUUCCAUUAUGGCAAGAAAUUUUUUUAGAAGUAAUGGAUCGAGAAUUUGGAACCAACUCUCAAUUGUCUAAUGAAAAUAAAAAAAGCGUGGGAACAAGGAUUGACUUUUCUUGGACAAGGGUAAGCAAUCAAAUUAUUGUAGAUGCUGAAAUUACUAGUUUUGACAAUUUUGCCAACGAAAUAAAAAGAAAAGGACAGAACUUCGAUUAUCAUUUUUCCCGGUUAGAAAUGGAAAAACUCUACAAUUCACUUUGUUUUCAAGAACUUAAAAAUCAAGGAGAUGAGGAAGCAAAAUACAAUCCAGCAAGUUCAUGGAGCCAAUUGAAAUCGGCUCUAAAUGUUUGA